GAUCAAUACUCCCAUUGCACGUGGUAUAGGAAGUUCCCCCGCUGUGAUGACAAGCAGGCAUUGCCGCCGGCAUCGCAUUGCCGGCGUCGUAAGCGGAAUGUGCGGGAUUUGCGAUGAACCCCUCAGCGGAUUGGAACCGCAACACCAGGAUAUGGUGCGACGAAACAUCGUCAAUGAAAAUGCAAAACGAACAUCGCACAACCACUUUCCUCGGAAUCUGCGAUGAUUGACGACCUCCUCGCAAAGCUGUCCUUUUCCUCCGUUGUCACAUUCGGUGCGGUAGCGCUUCUUGCUUGGCUCCUGCACAACAAGUAUGGCACUGGAUUGAAUCACGUACCUGGGCCGUUCCUUGCCAGCUUCACCGACUUCUAUCGCCUUGCUGUGGCCCGGGGGUAUCGCCCAGAACGCUGGCACAUCGAGCUGCACAAGACGUAUGGCGAUUUCGUGCGGAUAGGCCCACGAACGGUGCUUUGCUCAAGUAACAAGGCAGCAAAGAAGAUAUAUGCGCUCAAUGCUGGCUUUGUGAAGUCCGACUUCUAUACUGUGCAACAGACGUUGGCAAGGGGCGUUCCCCUCAAGACGCUAUUCACGUCAACAGACGAGGUCUUUCAUGCGAAGCUGCGACGGUCUGUCAGCAGCGCUUAUGCUAUGACCUCUCUGGUUCAAUUUGAACCUCUGGUAGAUUCCACGACGAUCGAGUUUCUGAAACAGCUCAAGCAGCGUUAUGCUGACAAGCCCGGCGAUCACGGAAUCGUUGAUCUAGGCGCAUGGCUUCAGUACUAUGCGUUUGACGUGAUAUGUGAGUUGACAUACUCGAAACGGAUGGGCUUUGUAGACCGUGGGCAAGAUGUUGAGAAUAUCAUUUCGAGUCUGGAGUGGCUUUUGAGUUACGCUGCUGUGAUCGGUCAGAUGCCUAUUCUUGAUAAGCUGUUCUUGAAGAACCCUGUCCGACGCUGGCUGAGUGCGCGUGGUCUUAUACCGAGUACGCCAGUUGCCGUCUUUGCAAGCAAACGGAUCCAAGAGAGCAGGACUGUUGAGUCUGAGAAUGGAACGCUGGCUGGAAAACAAUCACGACGUGACUUCCUUUCUAGAUUCCAAGAGGCGCAUAAAAAAGACCCAGAGUUCAUGAGUCAAGAGCGUGUGCUUGCACUCACUGUUGCAAACAUGUUUGCUGGCUCUGACACCACUGCCAUCUCGUUUCGAGCGAUAUUCUACAACCUUAUUCGUAACCCCGCAAAACUCGCUAAGCUUCACGCUGAGUUCGAUGAACUAGAAUCUUCGGGUAUUUUUGAGCGAGGGAAUCCACUGGUCGCCUGGAACGAUGUGAGAGAGCUGCCCUAUCUAAGUGCUGUCAUCAAUGAGUCGUUAAGAAUACAUCCCGCGGCAGGGUUACCGCUAGAAAGGAUUACACCGACUGGGGGUAUUCAGCUUGACGACACUUUCAUUCCUGGAGGGACUAAUAUUGGAUGCAGCGCAUGGACUUUACACCUGGAUCAAAACCUCUGGGGUCAAGACGCGGACUGUUGGAGACCAGAAAGAUGGAUUGAGGCAAGUGAUGCGAAGAAAGCCGAGAUGAAAAGCAGUAUGUUUGCCUUUGGUGCUGGCUCUCGAACUUGCAUUGGAAAAAAUGUCAGCUACUUGGAGAUGUAUAAGUUGUUACCGGCGGUGCUGCGCAGCUUCGACAUUCAGUUGGCUUGUCCCGACAAAGACUGGACAUUUCACAAUGCCUGGUUCGUCAAGCAGAGUGGCUUCCACGUAAAGCUACACUCAAAAGGUUAAGUCUAAGUGGACCUGCGGAUGCCUUUGAUUGAAUGCUCGGGUGCUUCAAAUGUGUCGAAAACUCGAGCAUCGCACGACACCAGAAAACCUAAAACAGAGUGACGUCAUUCUUUAGCCUUACUGA